AGCCGCUGUGUCCGACAUAUAACCGACGCCGGCCGGACGGAGGGUGCAGAGGGCGAACGGAGAGCACUCGGCACGCACACCCGCCCAGGACAGCGCGGCGCACCCCUGACAGGCACGGCGCACCCCCUUCGACCACUUCCUGUGAUUGUCAUCACCCGGCCGCUGUCUCUGGUAGAGGAUCGCCGUCAUGCUCAGAGCUCUGGUGCUGCUCUCGCUUUGCGCCCAGCUCUGCUGUGCCCAGUGGCACUACCCCCGGUACAUCAAGCUGCCCGUCGGGAGAGACCCAGACACGGAAUGCCUAGACAAGCAGAUUUACAAAAGAUUUAAAGUCGGAGAAGUAUGGAGCUCCCGCUACUCGGGUUGCAAACAGAGCCACUGCAUCAGGGAAAACGGUGUUCUGUUCAUUGACAGAUUCCAAUGCCCCGCCGUGGCCGACAAGGUCGACUUCAAGAAGCUGAAAGCUGGUAACUUGUUCUGCAGACAAGCUUCGGGUGACCGACGCAAGUCCUUUCCUGACUGCUGUCCCAGGCUGGUGUGCAAGCAUUAUGUCAAUGGCAAGCUGGUACCUUUGCCAGCCCAUAAGUACCCGUAUCUGUAAAAGUGUAUAAGAACCAUCAAUCAAAGCAUUCAUUGAUUGACAUUUUCGGUCAAAUUGAUGCUGUGUGUUAGUGUUUAAAUGUGAUUGACUUUUUUAAUAAAAAAUAAAACGUUUAAGACGUCUACGAGCAAAACCAUGUGAAACUUUGGGAAAAGCGGACACUUGUCCGGACUCCGGAGAUGACGCACGUAAACUUGCUGCUCGACAUAGGGAACUGACCUCCUGGCGCCUCUGCAAUGACGCUGGUAUAUGCUGGCGUUAAUCUGCUCGUACCAUGAGAGCACUUGCACCAGGGUUGUGACUUACCAGAGCGUUGAGAUAUUUUGUCAAACGAACGCAAGUGCCAGAAAUAGCAUCGUCGCAUGCCUGCACUUGCGACUAUCUUGUGCGAUCUCCCCUGCGGUUGCGGAGAAAUUACAGGCUUGAAGCUGACAAGUGCGUGCUUACAACAUGUUCCGGGUGGCUGGCUGCGUCUGCAGUGCAUGCCGUUCUGAAUUACCACCCACUGCCAAGGCUGGUUUGCUUGUCCUUGGAUGAUUUGGCAGCUCGAGCCUUUUUAAUGCUACACGCUAGUGUUGAAGCAUGCUUAUUAAAUUAAGUAGGGGAGAGUGGUGCAGGAGGCCCCCCCUUAAGCUCAGUUACUAUUUUUAGACAACUGAUAAUAUUUAAGCGCUAACGUGUGCAUGCGCUGUGAGCAUGCAUCAUUUUCCCAUACAUAUUUGCAUUCAAAAUGAAUCUAGGGGGUACACAAACCGUAAACUUUAACAUUUUGGAAAAAGUUGCAAAAGGGCCUCUUACACUAUGGGUAUGGUAAGACGCCCCCCCCCUCGGGCGUUUUAAAAGUCAAGUCGACUUGUAAAAGACGCUUUGCGAACACAGCUGCAAGGCCUUUUAUUUCGAAAAGCUAAGCAAAUACGGUGUUAUCGAAACCAAUAACACUUCCAAAGCGCUCGAACAAUGCGAAAACUAGCACAACCAAACGCUGAUGACCAACGAAAAUUGUACCUAUAACCUCUAAGAAAAGAAACAGAAAAAAGAAACAAAAA